AAUCCGACCGAUUUCGCCCUUGAUCUCAGUGAUGCCGCUAGUUCGAUGGCGCUCGCCUGUUUCAGAGAUAGUCAAUACAAAGCCGUUUUUGUGAGAGGGUAUUUAUCUGAUGGUGAUGGCCAAGUCGACCCCAACCUACUCGCCAACCUCGUCAACGUCAAGCGAAGUGGACUGCAGGUCGUUGUCUACAUGAGCCCAAAACCAAACUCUACAAAAUCGGGUGGUGAACAAUUUGAUGAAAUGUAUGCUAGUAUAAUCAGUUCAGGAGUCAGUGGACUUCAAUCCGUGUGGAUUCAG